UGUAUCCAUCGCCUGUAGUCUGUAGAUCUGUGUUACUGCGCCAGGAUGGAGAUGACGCAAAUGACCCAGCUCCCCAAAAAGUGUUUCAAGACGAACAUGGCGGCAACUUAACACAGGACCCACGAUGAUGAUGAUAAACAGCAGAGAAGAUCGAAGGCAAUCCGCCCAGAUAGGGAAAGAGCAGCUCGUUCAGCGUCUCGCCUUCCCUUGAGGAGAUACGGGGACACAGGCAGGAGCUUCGGGAACAGAGGAGGAAUGUUGCCACACAGAAAGCGCUUUUUCUCCGGGGAGCCAUGCGGAAUAACAGAGAUAUGACCGCGCGCGGCUUCAUCUAGCCCAGAGAGUCGCAUACAGCUGCCGGGAGCGCUGUUGAACGGGAAGAACACAUUUCAAAUCAAUGCAUUUUGUGGCAGAGGAGCCGUCGCGGUGGAGUCGGCCAGUGCUGCUCUUUCCUGAAAUAUGACCAGGGGUGCUUGGACGUGUCGGCAGCAAGAUGACGGCUUAAAAAUCUGCUUCGCACCCCGAGAGGACGAAAAGCCAUUAUUCACCGAUUCUGAAAGGGCCCAGAGAUGGCGACUGUCCUUAGCCUCACUUUUGUUUAUCACCGUUUUGCUCUCUGAUCAUCUGUGGUUCUGCGCCGAGGCGAAACUGACGAGGACGCGAGACAAACGGCUGGAGCACACGAACCAUAUACUUUCAUCCAGCCAUCAGAGAGAGCAGAGUCUUAUUUUUAUAGGCAAUCCUACCAAACCUCUGUGGAGACUUGAAACUUGUCAUCCUGACAGCCUCUCCAAAAACUGCUUGACUUUUGACGAGGCGGAAGCCGUGUGCUCGGGCCUCUCCGAGUGGAACCUAAGCGAUUUCUAUCUUUCUUUUUGUAACUCCUACUCGCUUUUGGAUUUGUUUUACGGGUUUACGAGUCCAGACAAUCUGACCUGUAGCCUGGACAUGGCUGAUGCGUUGGGAUGCAGCCAGUGCGUUCAGGCUUACCAACGCUACGACCGACGAGCUCAGGAGAAAUACCGAGAGUUUGAGCUUUUGGUUCAGAAAUAUGAAACGGAUGUAUAUUCGGUGCGGACGUGUAUGGAAGAGUGCACGACUGUCUACAAACACUGGCUCUGUGCCCAGUUCUUCCACACCACACAGAUGCACUGCAGCAACAGGAUCCCCUGCAGGAAGUACUGCCUGGAGGUCCAGCAGAGGUGUCCCUUCAUAUUGCCUGACAAUGAUGAGCUCAUCUACGGAGGAAGCCCCAGUUUUAUAUGCACAGGGCUCCAAGAGGACAACCCCUCAGACACAGAGACAGAGUGCUGCGAUGUCCGAUGGGACAGCAGGGCGGACAACAGCUCCAAAGGCACUCUCAAAAGAACUCACCCGUCGUGUCAGCACGGGACAUCCCUGACCUCGUCAGCGGCCUCUAGACUGUGCAACAGCAGACUCAAACUCUGCCUGCUGGUCCUCGUCCUCCUUCAUACUGUUGCCACUCUCACAGCAUCCCACAAUCCCACUGGGUUCAACCUCACCUCCAGCUCCUCCAACGAGGAAUGACGGAAUAGCCACUUAGUACCGACACGGUUACAGUGCCGAUUCCAGCGACGUGAUGGACCGUGGGGAACUUGCUGGGACUGAGACUGAGGACAUGCAAUCAAAACAAACCAAGCAAACUGACGAAGCUAAACAAACACUGGACAAAUCCAAUCAAGCAACAAGAACAAGGGACAACACCGUAGCCUUUGUUGAAAGAGGCUUCUCGGGGGAUAGUGUUCUCUCGCACCAUGUUUUUUACACUGUGUCUAUGGUUUGGAUUUCUGUUGCACUAGAUGGCUACAGGAUCUAAUUCAUGUUUCUUUUCGUUUCAUUUGGGUCUUUGUGCAGGAAGGAUUGGCAGAGACGGAUGAGUUAAAUGUACAAUAUCCAAGUGAAUAUUCAAGACUGAGUGCGUGUCUAUGUGAGCGAAUGGAUGAGUGUGUGUGCAUGUGUGCCUGUGCUUGCAUCCGUGUGUCAACUUAGAUGUUCUUCUCGUUUCUCUUCGUAAUCACAAACUCUCUGAAUGCUGCUCUAUUCAUUACGAGGGUAUCUAUUGCAGUUUAUCCAUUGACAAAUCUGCCUAGACAAAUACCAAGACACCCGACAAAAAGCCCAGGUUCAAACUCAGAUUCUCCCAUUAAGAUCCUGUAACCUUAUUAAGGUAGCCUGAUAUUUCUGUUGUUGGUAUGAUGUCAUUUCCUGUGAGGUCAGGUCAGUAGCUUUGGAGGUCUGGGUACAUUAAUGUCCCUUCUUUGCUUAAGUGCUCGACUGAAACGGUCUUUGUUGGGAUGUUAGACAUUAUCCAGACUUCUGUUUAUUCCCUCAAUUUGCAAAAUGACGUCCACAAAUCUGUUUUAGCAUCAUUAGUGUUUUAUAUAUUAUAUUAAGAUAUUAUAUUCUCUACCCUAUAUUCUGUAAAUGCAUGUUAGAACCAGAGUUUAGACUAUCCUGCUAAAGUUUUAAAGAAAUAAACCCAAACAAUCUGAAAACAAGCUCUCACUCUGAGUACCAUCCAAAUUGCUAUUUGGCAGCAUGAACCCAGCCAAUCAGAGCUUACGAGACAUAUUACCCCAGUCACACAGAGAGGAUCCAUCGUUCUUUAUUACAGUAAAGGGCUUACCCAUCAUCCACACACAUUCAAACACUCCUGCAUGUAGAGAUUCAUGUGGCAUGAAUAACUCAGUGAAAAUGAUGUUAAUUUGUUGCAAACCUUAAGAUAGUCACAUCAACAGGAAAUUGAGGAGCUCAAUCAAGAAGCUCCUGAUAGAAGAAUGAAGGCCCGUCUCAGGUGGCUGGGCUGAGGAAUCUGGUUCUUUGUGUGGAGGAAAGGCAAAGUUAAGGGCUGAUAUAUUAUUUUAUGUUUAGUUUUUCUUUGUUUUCUACAGGUAUGCUCUAAUGAGGUUGUGUCGCUGUGACACAAACACAAAACGAAGCCUUGAGUUUAACUAAGUUCUCUAGACAGCCUCAGUGUGAACCUGUUAAAAUGGCAGGCCUCACACACCUGUGUUUCCAUCUCAUGGGACAUGACUAAUCGUCGUUAAUGGUCGAUUCACAUUCAUACAUAUGACAUAUAUCAGUCACAGAUAGCUUUAAGGCUAAGUAUGUGAACUAAAAAC